GAGAUGCCGCCAGGUACACGAGGUUGCGGUACGAUAGGUGGAGUCGUUCUGUUCGAAUCGACAAGCAUGUAUGAUGGUCAAUGGUGAGACCUCGGACGUGGUCGACCUGCCCUAAGCAGGGCUUCCUCAGGGCUCAACCGUUAUCACAUAUUCUCUUCCUCUUCUUCAACGCGAGUCUGAUUCAGACGCCCAUCAACAGAACCCGAGGGGCAAUCGCGUUCGUCGACGACUACAACGCCUGGGUCGUGGGACCGAGUGCGCGGGCGAACGUUGAGGAUGAGAGACUACAGGCGGAAGUCGUCCUCACGCAGAGGCAUGGGAGACCAGCAGCGGCGCGGCGUUUGCACCAGAAAAGACAGCCCUCAUCCGCUUCUGCCGCACGCAACGACGGCUGCAGAAUGCCGGGGCGCUGCUUUUCAAAGGGGUACCGGUGGAAGCGUCGUCGCAGGUCAAAAUACCGCAUUGCCCUUACCACGGACAUGAUUUUGCGGUUGACGAAUAUUUUUGAAAAGGCGAAAGAUGAUCGAAACAUUUCCCCUAUCGCAAUCACUGGCGAAGGGAAGUUCUUCUGUACGGGUAUGGAUUUGGGGAAAGGCACUUCUCCCGUGGCGCGGUCAAAGGUGGACAGUGAUCCUCAGUACAACCACCCCAUCAUUGCCGGUAACCAAGUUGCCUUGUUCAAAAUGCUGGAAUACGGAGCCCAUUUCCAGGUUGGUUCCAAGGGUAAACCUGGAGAUUCUGUCUGACAGAAAGAUCGCCCAGAGAGAGAGAGAUGUGGCUGGCGUACUCGCUUGACGUGCGACGUCGUUUGCGAGCUCGUGGUGACGAGGAGUUACCAGACAUAGUGAACAAUGAGCUGAGAGCUUUUCUGUGGCUAUCAACAAAAUGUGCCGUCAGAGCGCUAGAGCUGUUAUUCGGACUAUCGUCCUGUGGUCGACUUCCUGACGGUCCCUCUUCAUGAUAAGCCGUCAAGGCGUUGGUGGUGCCAUCUCCUGAGUUGACAUUGAAAGACCGACUACGGGAUGAGCCGUCUGUUUCAAUUGCUUCGCCUUCAGCUUCUAUGUCCGCCUCACUGUCUUCGACAGCCGCUUCUGACUGAACUGGCGGGCGCAUGUCCAGAUCCUGUAGUUCUCUUAACGGGCGUCGUUGAUCGCCAGGAAUCGCGCUGGACAAAGGAUCACCGUACAUCUGAAAAGUCCGGCGCAACGCCGUCACCGGUGCU